AUGAAUUCGGAUGAUGAACAUGACGGACUCGAGUUGGGCGACACUGUCGACAACUUCCCGGUGAAGAAGAAGAAGAAGAAUCGCGGAAAAAGGAAGAAGAACGUUCCAACCGGCUUUGAAGAAUACUUUGCCGAUGCUCCCACGACCCCGGCGGAUGCCCUCCUCGAGCAGAAAGAGUUUUAUGCCAGCUCGCUCCCGUUUGAACAGCGCAUCCAGACUUGCAUCCAUCGCUUCCGCACACGCCGGCGCCUCGACUCCGAGCUCAGCAACUACUUCAGCGAGUACAUGUUCCUCGGCGGCGUCGACACCUACCUCGCCCCGUUCAGCGACGAAGAUCUCGAAGAAGGUUCGCUCAUCCCGCACUCCACAACCAACGACGGUGCCGACGACGACGAGGACGCCACCGCCCGCUUCUACGACGGCAACGCCCGCCACUGGACCGUCGACUUUGCCGGUGUCGCCGCCGGCUUCCUCUCCGUGUCCAUCCUGCCGCUGACCGGCGUCGACCCGGGUGCUACCGCGCGCGCCGUCAGCGUCGUUGAAGCCUUCCUGCGCUACGUGCUGCAACACGACGUCUGCCCGGAGCACGAGGCUGACGUGCGCGAGGCGCUGGCCGUGUGCGUCCGCGCCCGCGACGAGUGGCCCCGCCUGUGGCGCUUCAAGGGCCUUCUGCCGGGCCGCUUCCACGUCGCCGCCGCCCGGACCCUUGGCGUGCACGACGACGGCGCCGACUGGUCACUAGCGUCGGCCGCGGAGGAGACCCUGGCGGCAGAGGUCGUCUUCUUCACCUCCCUGGUGGCGGUGGGGGAGCCGCUGCCGGCCGACCGGCGCGUGGUCCGCCAGUUCACGUGUUCGCUGGCGCUUCGCGCCGUCGAGAUGCCGGACGCCGGCGUGGAGAGCUGCUUUCGCCGGCUGGCGAUCGGCGACGACGCUCGGAAGCUGAACCUGCAGCCGCUCGGGCGGGCCGUGUUCCGGCCGACGGUCGUCGAGGACGGCUGGGUGCGCCAGCUGCCGCUCGAGGAUCUGCCGGCGGACGAGGACGUCGUCUUCCUGCUGGAGCGGGACCUGCUCGAGGCCAUGACGCUCGGCAUGAUGAUGACGGCGACGGUCUGCGAGCUCAGCUCCGGGUUCCGUUUCCUGAAGACGAUCGAGACGCUGCAGCCUUCGUUUUACACGUUCCUACCUCAGCACCUCAUCAAGGACUACAAGCCGCCGCGGGCUAACGACCGCCCGCCACCGUCAGUUCACGAUGGGGCCGCCGCUGCUGCGGCGGCGGCGAGGGAGGGGGCGGAGGAUGGGAACGAGGAGGGAAAGGAAGACUGA